AGUUCGGAGAUUGAAGAGAAAAGGAAUGGCAAAGGAUGGAGAAGGAACUGGUAGGUAUCAUUAUCAGCAUGUCCGGUUGGUCUCCUCAAGAGUGGAUCUUCGCACGUUAGUGUGAAUGUACAAAUCCAUGUAUCUAAUGUACAAACCACACCACAAACGAAGACAAGGAGAGAGGAGGGGGGAGAGAGAGAGAGAGAAGAGACCGCCAGCUUUCUCUGCAAAACCAACCAACUCUCCUUCAAGCCAUAGAUUCAUGGAUUGAGAGAGUUUCUGCUUCGAUGUGAUGAGGAAUGGGUGAGGCCAAGCUUGCACAUUCGUACGCACCCACCUAACCUCUCAUUGCAUCCUCGGCAAAAUGCGGGUGUUUUGUUUUUAGUCGGGUUUGGUCGGGUAACAGUGUUGGGAUAGCUAGAUUCCCAUCGCCCAGACGGUUUUGGAAUCUUCGGGUUCGGCUUCGAAAUGUAGCGGAAGGAGUGGAGAUCUGAUACAGUUUGAUGGUGGUGUGUUUUUGUUUGGUGAUCGAUGAAGAGGUUUCACUGGUUCAAGCAAAUCUCCAACAAUGGCAAGCUGGAGCGGCGGCUGUCGCUCGGCGAGUACAAGCGAGCGGUGUCGUGGUCCAAGUACUUGGUGUCGUCCGGCGCCGAGAUCAAGGGCGGUGGCGAGGAGCAGUGGAGCGCCGACAUGUCGGAGCUCUACAUCGGGAACAAAUUCGCGUCCGGCCGGCACAGUAGAGUUUACAGAGGGGUGUAUAAGCAGAGGGAUGUGGCGAUUAAGCUCGUCAGCCAGCCGGAGGAGGACGGCGACUUGGCGGCGAUGCUCGAGAAGCAGUUCAGCUCGGAGGUCGCUUUGCUUUUCCCGCUGCGCCAUCCCAACAUCAUCACUUUUGUUGCAGCAUGUAAGAAGCCUCCUGUGUUCUGUAUCAUCACUGAGUACUUGGCAGGGGGAUCCCUGAGAAAAUACCUUCAUCAGCAGGAGCCUUAUUCACUUCCUCUCAACUUAGUUCUGAAGUUGGCCCUUGAUAUAGCGCAUGGCAUGCAAUAUCUUCAUUCUCAGGGAAUACUUCACAGGGACCUAAAAUCAGAAAAUUUGUUGCUUGGGGAAGAUAUGUGCCUUAAGGUAGCAGAUUUUGGAAUCUCAUGCUUGGAGUCUCAAUGCGGCAGUGCAAAGGGAUUUACAGGUACUUAUCGUUGGAUGGCUCCAGAAAUGAUCAGAGAAAAACAUCAUACAAAGAAAGUUGAUGUUUACAGUUUUGGCAUAGUCCUCUGGGAGCUUAUGACUGCCUUGGUUCCAUUUGACAAUAUGACUCCUGAACAGGCUGCAUUUGCAGUCUGCCAAAAGAAUGCAAGACCGCCAUUGCCAUCCACGUGCCCGGUGGCACUAAGGCGCCUCAUCAACCGCUGCUGGUCCAGCAAUCCCCACAAGCGGCCCCAUUUUGAGGAGAUCGUUACCAUCCUCGAGAGCUACUCAACCUCUCUCGAGCAAGAUCCCGAAUUCUUUGUGUCCUUCAACCCUUCUUCUGACGGCCACGCUCUUUCACGGUACCUGCCAAAGUGUAUUGCUGCCCACACAUCUUGUUAGAAGCUGAAGAACACCACAGUUCUGGGAUCAUGCGUAAUGCUAACUGUGUCAUAUUGCUAUUGGUUGUCUUUCUUGCCUAGGCUGUAGGCAUCAAUGUUAAUGAUUAUAAACUUCAUCCAUCCAUCUCUUCAUGUUCUUUGUGCAAUAUGUAAGGAGCAGAGAAACAGUUGCUUUGAUUGUUAUUCCUUGAUUUAAAAGGAAUUUCACGGGUUGAAACUUAUGGUU